ACGGAUCCUAAUACAGCUUUUUUGAGGGCAGCGCGUGCUGGGCAAUUGGACAAAAUCAUAGAGCUUCUUGACUCGGGAAUCGAAAUCGACACAUCUAAUAGCAACGGGCUGAAUGCCCUGCACUUAGCCUCGAAGGACGGCCACGUAGCGGUCGUGAAUGAAUUAUUGAGCAGGGGAUGCAAAGUUGACUCGGCCACGAAAAAGGGGAACACCGCCCUCCACGUCGCUGCUCUAGCCGGGCAGGAAGAGGUGGCCCGCGUGUUGGUAGAACAUGGAGCAACGAUCAACGUCCAGUCACUCAACGGUUUCACGCCGCUGUACAUGGCCGCACAAGAAAAUCAUGACGCCGUUGUCAAGUAUUUGUUGAGCAAAGGGGCUAAUCAAACACUCGCCACUGAGGAUGGAUUCACACCAUUGGCAGUGGCCAUGCAGCAAGGACAUGACAAAGUGGUAGCUGUGCUUCUUGAGAAUGACUUGAGAAGCAAAGUUCGACUACCCGCCCUUCACAUAGCAGCAAAAAAAGAUGACUGCAAAGCAGCCAGUCUUCUUCUCCAGAAUGAUCACAAUCCAGACAUCACAUCUAAAAGCGGUUUUACACCUCUUCACAUUGCGGCACAUUAUGGGAAUACAAACAUAGCAACCCUAUUAAUCCAAAAAGGAGCCGAUGUUAGUUUUGCUGCUAAGCACAACAUCACUCCUCUUCAUGUAGCUGCUAAGUGGGGUAAAUUACCGAUGGUAGCUCUGCUUAUUGAAAAGGGUGGCAAUGUAGAAGCUAAGACACGAGAUGGUCUGACACCAUUACACUGUGCUGCACGUUCAGGACACGAUCAAGUAGUUGACUUGCUGGUUGAAAAUAGAGCCUCUCUGCAUGCUAAGACAAAGAAUGGAUUAGCACCGUUGCAUAUGGCAGCCCAAGGAGAUCACAUAGAUGCUGCACGACUGCUGUUGUACCACAAAGCAGCUGUUGAUGAGGUCACAGUAGACUACUUGACUGCCCUUCAUGUUGCAGCCCAUUGUGGUCAUGUCCGGGUAGCCAAACUUCUGCUUGAUCGGAAGGCCGAUCCAAAUGCUAGAGCUCUAAAUGGAUUCACCCCUUUGCAUAUUGCUUGCAAGAAAAACCGAAUCAAAGUGGUGGAGCUUUUGUUGAAAUACAAUGGAUCAAAAGAAGCAACCACAGAGUCUGGGCUCACGCCACUGCAUGUAGCAAGUUUCAUGGGAUGUAUGAACAUAGCAAUCUACUUACUGCAACAUGAUGCAAAUCCAGAUGUUCCUACUGUGCGAGGUGAAACUCCUUUACAUUUAGCAGCUAGAGCCAACCAAACAGACAUAGUCAGGAUUCUGUUAAGGAAUGGUGCAAGUGUUGAUGCACAAGCUAGAGAAGAUCAGACUCCCCUUCACGUCGCCUGCCGACUAGGCAAUUCUGAUAUUGUAAUGCUGCUCCUUCAACAUGGAGCUUCUGUUAAUGCAACAACCAAAGAUUCCUACACGCCUUUGCAUAUUGCGGCUAAAGAAGGUCAAGAAGAGGUGGCCUCAGUUUUAUUGGAAAACUGUGCGUCUUCGACAGCUACAACAAAAAAAGGACUGACGCCUCUCCAUCUAGCCGCUAAAUAUGGAAGCAUAAAAGUAGCUAGACUUCUGCUGCAAAAAGAGGCUGCGAUUGAUGCUCAUGGAAGGAAUGGUGUGACUCCUCUGUACGUGGCUAGUCAUUAUAACAAUUCAGAUAUUGCUUUGCUUCUCCUGGACAAAGGAGCGUCUCCUCAUGCAACAGCCAAAAAUGGGCACACUCCACUACACAUUGCAGCAAAGAAAAGCCAGAUGGAUAUAGCAACAACUUUACUGGAAUAUAAUGCAAGUCCUAAUGCGGAAUCAAAAGCUGGUUUCACCCCCUUGCAUUUGGCAGCGCAAGAGGGUCAUUCUGACAUGGCCUCAUUGCUGAUUGAGCACAAAGCAGAUCCUAAUCAUCAUGCUAAGAACGGGUUGACACCAUUGCAUUUGUGUGCUCAAGAGGACAAAGUUACUGUUGCUCAUAUUUUGAUAAAGAAUGAUUCUAAAGUAGAUUCUGUAACAAAGACCGGCUUUACACCUCUUCACAUAGCUUGUCAUUAUGGCCAAAUAAACAUGGUUCGUCUGCUCUUGAACAACAAUGCUAGCGUUUCCAAGACAACUCAAUCAGGAUACACACCAUUGCACCAAGCAGCUCAGCAAGGCCAUUAUCUCAUCAUCAAUCUUUUACUUGAACAUAAGGCAAAACCAAACUCAGUCACAAAUUAUGGACAAACAGCAUUGAGCAUAGCACAAAAAUUAGGAUAUGUCAGCAUAGUUGAAACUCUAAAAAUCGUGACAGAAACCACCAUCACAACCACAACUACUACCACAACAGAGGAGAAGUAUAAAGUUAUUACACCAGAAGCCAUGCAAGAAACUCUUAUGUCUGACUCAGAAGAUGAAGGAGGUGUUGAUGAGACCAUUGCUAUGAAUGUCUAUGGCAGACCCACUCAUGUGCAGCAUAUCUACCUACCCUAUUAUCAAGGUCAAAUGCUCUAUACUCGUGAGGAUCCGAUGAUGAGCGACCAACAGCAGUACCAUUACAUGACAGCAGAAAACAUGAAAUCAUUGCAAGAUGACUCGCUAAAAAUCGAUGUAACUCGAGAUGAACAGGGCGAUGCUUUGCGGGAUUCAAUGGUUCGCGAUUAUAUUAUCAACCAGCAACAGUACUCAAAUCAGCAGCUUUCACCUAACCUGUCAGCGAUAUCAAAUCUCUCUGACAAUGUUGACAUUUCCAAAACUGCAAUUCAUGUUGGGUUGGUUAGCCUAGCAGAAAGUCUGGCAAGACUAGGCUCGAGCACUAAGAACAGCGGCAUGUGGCGUGAAAGUUUCCUGGUGAGUUUCCUUGUGGAUGCAAGAGGCGGUGCCAUGCGAGGCUGUCGUCACUCUGGUGUGAGGGUUAUCGUUCCCCCUCGUAAAGCUGAGCGUCCAAUGCGAAUCACGUGCAGAUAUCUGCGCAGAGACAGACUCCUGAAUCCCCCUCCUUUGAUGGAAGGAGAAGCCCUCGCAAGCCGCAUUUUGGAAUUCGGACCUGUAGGUGCAAAAUUCUUAGGUCCUGUUAUCAUAGAAGUUCCACAUUUUGCAUCCUUGCGAGGCAAAGAGAGAGAACUAGUCAUUUUACGAUCUGACAAUGGAUCUUCGUGGCGAGAACAUACCUUAGAGGCUAGUGAGGAAGCUGUCCAAGAUGUUUUAAAUGAAAGUUUUGAAGGGGAAGAGCUCAGGCAGUUAGAAGAUCUUCAUACAAGCAGAAUCACACGCAUUUUGACAGUAGAUUUUCCCCAGUACUUUGCCAUCGUUUCACGUUUACGUCAAGAAGUCCAUGCUGUUGGUCCCGAAGGUGGAGUAGUGUCAUCAACAGCUGUUCCCCAAGUUCAGGCCUUAUUCCCACCCGGUGCUCUUACCAAAAAGAUUCGCGUAGGAUUACAGGCUCAACCCAUUCCAUCAGAGCUAGUUUCUAAACUUUUUGGUAACAGAGUUGCCAUAUCUCCAAUUGUGACGGUAGAGCCACGUCGCAGGAAAUUCCACAAACCUAUCAACCUAACAAUCCCCCUCCCUCAAGCAGCCAACAAAGGAAUGAUAAAUCAAUAUUCCGGAGAUGCACCAACACUUAGAUUACUGUGCAGUAUAACAGGAGGGAGUUCCAAAGCACAAUGGGAAGACGUGACCGGCUCAACCCCGCUGACGUUAGUCAAAGACUGUGUCUCAUUUACAACCACUGUGUCCGCAAGGUUUUGGCUCAUUGAUUGUCGGAACAUCAGCCAAGCCACAAAUAUGGCAACUGACUUGUACAAAGAGGCCUCUCACGUUCCAUUCAUGGCAAAGUUUGUCGUGUUUGCUAAACGUAUUGAUUCGCAGGAAGCCAGGUUACGUGUAUUCUGUAUGACAGAUGAUAAAGAAGAUAAAACUCUAGAACACCAGGAACACUUCACAGAAGUGGCAAAGAGUAGGGAUAUUGAAGUGCUGGAAGGCAAACCAUUAUAUCUAGAAUUCAUUGGAAACCUUGUUCCUAUCAGUAAAACCGGGGACCAGCUAGUACUCAAUUUUAAAGCAUUCCAUGAGAAUCGACUGCCUUUUACUGCUAGAGUGCGUGACCUUGAAGAGCCUGCUUUAGGCAGGAUAUUGUUCAUGAGAGAGCCAAAGGUCAUUCGUGGAGAGCCCUCGCAGUUGCCUUUGGGAACUCUCAACAUAGCUCUACCUGAUAAUAUCAUCCAUGAAACCUCCUGUGUCUCAGAGUCUGAUUUCUCGCAUUUAGACAAGAGUUGUAGUUUUUUGAAAGAUAUUUGCUACGAUAGUGUAGAAACCAUCCAUAGAGCAGACAUUAGACUCUCAGAUAUUAGUAACUUGCUUGGGGAAGACUGGGUCCUCCUUGCACAAGAACUUGGAGUUACUGAUAUUGAUGUCCAGCUCAUAGAGUCAGAGUAUCCUUCUAGUGUUCAACAGCAGGCCAUAGUGAUGUUAAAACUGUGGAUAAAGAUAGCUGGAAAUCGAGCAACAGGCAAUAAUCUUGAGAAGGGCUUGCGCAACAUCGGGAGACAAGAUAUCGUCGUGCAAUGUAUCAAAAACGUGGAAGUAGUUACCGAUGAUCUAGAAGUUGCUGUUGCCAAAGUGCAGCUGGACCAAUCAGGAUUCGACACCCUGAGAGAUGAACUUAGCCCCUCUCUUGACAAUUCAAUUAAACAAGAUACAUCUGCUGAGUAUGACUACCCAGUCUGCAAGUCAAACUCCAAUGUGUCAGUUGAACAUAAUCUGGGUGGUUCCAUUGAUAAUGAGAACAACGUAGCAGUCAAAAUCAACAAUGCCAACAAUCAAAUGACCAAAGUAGAUCAUAAUGAGUUGGAAAGUUGCAAGUCCAAGAAAGAAGAUAAACCGCAUGUAAACGCUGACAUAAUUGAUUGUGGGGAUGGUGAAGAAUGUAAAUACAAAGCUGAAGAAAAGAAGAUAACACAUGAUUUUAUCCACAAUGAAAGUGUGGUUCAACAAAAAUCUCGGAUCCCUGAAGUAAUAGCAAAAGAUAAUUUGAAGAAAAGUGAAUGGAACUCCAAGAACAAUGGAGACAACUCAUUAGACAGUGAGAAUGCUUUGUGCAGAUCUGACUCAUUAGAUGCGGAGAUGAUCGUGAAGGAAGUUCCUCAUGAGUCUGGAUGGACUCAACAGAGACAGAUGACUGUAAGCAGUGACUCUGAUAGUGAAGGUCAUAGCAUCAAAAAUAACACAACAAAAAAGAGUGGCCUCAAAACACUUGGCAGCUCAAGUGGAUCUGAUGUUGCAGUCCAUGAGGGUGCUGACGAUUCAUCUGAUGCAGAGCAAACGGCCUCUGAUCUAACGCAUGAACAUUUAAGUCAUGCAAAUAAUGAUGAUGAUAUUCACAGAACAAUUGCAUCAUCGUAGAUCAUUCUCUCCCAGCAAAGAUCCUUUUACUCGUGCAGCUUUAAAUAUAAUAGUAUUAAUUUCAUCCCUCCUCCUGUUAUGAAUAAUUUACAUGUUAUUUUUUUAUCACGCCUAAUUUGUAUUUCCCUUCAUUGUAUAUUUCCUGAGAAUUCCCCUAGAAGCUGUAAAAAUCUAUUUUAUUAUCUUUGUUUUCAUUCAAAAUUCUGUGUCUAUCAAUUCUUCCUACAAGUAUAAAUGUAUGCGUCUAUAAAUGACCUGCACUGAUUUCCAAUGUUACAUGGUGGUAAUUGCUAUGCCCGCUGUGUGUAAAAAAAAUUUUACCGUGUCUAAUAAGCGUAAGUUUUUUACAAAAUAGGUAAAAAUCGGCAAGUUCAUUUUGGUAGGAAGCUGCAGGUAACAAAGGUUACCUGUAGAGGUAGGCGUCCAUAGCACUAUAGUUUGCCUGACUAAAAAUUAUUUUUAUUUCCAAUAUUGGGAGCAAUUUGUACUGCAAAAAUACAAAUGACACCGCCACAAUUAAUAGUAGGUCUGUGAUUUUGGCAAUGAGUCAGUCAAGUCAUUUUUUUUUAUUGUGUCAUUCAAAAGUAGUAAGUGACCGAAGCUUACAGUUUUUUUCCUAAAUUUUUUUUUAUGACUGCAAACGGAAGAAAACUUUAUUUGAAAGUGCCAAAAAUUAGGGUGGCCCAAAACGGCGUUAGAACCGCGCGCUCGUAGGUUUCGAAUGUACCCGUCACGAUCAAUAUGGCGGCGGAAUGCGUAGUGGAAGAAUACACGGCGGCGUCGCGUUGGCGGUGUGUUUUUGUUGGUUAAUUGGAGAUUAUGUUGUAAUUUGUUUGAGAUUCAUACCCAUGGUUCUUAAUUCUCUAAGCUUUUCAAUCAGAAUACGAUAUAGAUUUAUACCUAUAGGAUACGAAACAUUCACAAAGAACUUACUUAACCUGAAACGAGAAAUCGUCAUGUCAACAACGGCAGCGUGGCGGUAGUAAGCAGAGUGUCUGUGAGAAAAUGACUUCCUAUUAAAAUUAAACCAACCCAAAAAGUUAAAAGACAUUCAGAAAGGAAAACCAAAACUAAUAGAAAAUACAAAAUGAGAAGAACAGGAAAAAACAUAAGGAAUCAGCCCCAAAACAUUAAUAAAUAAAAUAAACAAAAAUAAAGAAAUAAAUAAAAAUAUUCCAACUUUUAUUUUAUUCUGCAUUAAAAGUGCAAUCUGCAUUCAAAGUGAAAGCCGCCAAAAACGUUCGCAAAUUAAACUUCAUGUAUUAUCUUUUAAUGAAGAAUUUUAAUUAGCAUGUAAAUUUCCCCAUCCAAAGUAUAUUUAAAUUCCUCCAAUGGGAUAUUUAAUUAAGAAAAAAUCGAGAAAUUCUAAUUUUUGAAGGACAGACCUACAUUUUUUUUUUUUCAUAGUGAAUCGGAUGUAUUUAUCCUAAAAGAAACUCUGUAGCUCGCAAAUCUUAUGCCUAUAGCUCCUUUUAGUACAAAAGUUCCUUUUAGUACAAAUAUGUCCAAUUAUUGCAUCUUUAAUACAGUGAAUGCAAGUAUCUUUAACAUGAUUAAAAGUUAUCACAUAAAGGAUGGUCAAUUUACCAAUAUUAAAUUGAAUUGAAGUUGUGUUUAUAUUGUAUAACUUCCAGUUAUGGUUGAAAUUACAUAGCGUUUUCUGUUUUUGUAGUGGGUAAGAUGUUUUUCCGUACAAAGUUCUAUUUACACUCGUAACUUUAACUUAAAAAACAAAGACAAAACAUUCUGGCUUUUGGUGAAAUAUUUUGAGUUUUUAAAUAUUUGCUCUAGUUUAUAAGUUGUUGAAGUAACCGUUUUUUUGCAGUCACUUUUGAACAAUUUAGAAGGAAGCUCAGAUUCCUAUAUUGUUCACAAGUAGGCUCAAAAGCACAUUCAAAUAGGCAAGUUAAUUUUUUCUCAAUCAGUCAAUUGAUUUCUCCUCGAGGGAAAAAUAGAACAUAAAAAACCAACCACCCUUGAAUUCUGUCUGGGAAUAGUAGUUGGACAAAAAUUUAGGCACACUCCAUAGCCUAUGCCCCUCCUAAUACUUGCAUUCUCUGAACUUGUGCUGAAAAAGUAAGUAUGAUGGAUUAAAGGGAUUUUUUUUUAGUAUUUUGAUCUAGACGAUGUCCUGUGCAUCUGUCCGCAGAUUCAUACCAAUCACUCAGCACACAGUAAUUGUUUUUUUUUUAAAAAAAAACAAACAAACCAGCAGCUUGGAAAGAGCAGCACAAAAGAGCUCUUGAGUGAGCAGCUCUAAAAGAUUUUGUCAGUCAAUUUUCUGUGCAUAAACAAUGUAUUUCUGCCCUACAUAUUCACCCUAAAAAUAAAACUGUGACUCACUGUCUUGCCUGUAAUGAUCUAGGUGGAAGAUGUCGGUCUGCUUGGUCGAAAGUGAACAUUUCACAUACACGGUGCUGGAAAAGUCCGGUCCACUCCCUCUAAAAUUUUACCCAAUGCAUAUUUUGUAACGAAACAUUGGGCAUGUUCAUGAAUCAAUGUUAGCUACUUUUCCAGCCCACCGAAAUUUUCGGGGACCCCCAGAGGGAGCUCCGGACUCUGACUCCCUUUUUUCAAAUUCCCCCCCCCCUUUUGCGACGGUUCAAUCAAAAAAUAAUUUAAAAAAAUUCGCGCAAACUGCAGUUCCCCAUUUUGACUUCUGACAAAACGGCGGCCGGUCAAAGUUCGAGGAAUGGCAAAUCCAAAUCUCCCAAAAUUUGGGUGAAACUUGGCACGCGGGGGUCCUCUGGCACGAGAAAACCGAAUUCGGUAUUAGUCUUAAGGGAAACUGCUAAUAUAUUGCCCAAUUACUCAUUUUUCGUCAGUGGCCACCUAAAAGGGCGUUUUGAAAAACCAACGCCGGAUUCGAGUUUCUUGUACCAAACAACCCCUGAUACCAACUUUAAUGCAAAUCCAUGGGUAAGCAAUUUAGAUACUUGUUGUUUUCCUGUUGACCGCCAUGUUUUUACCCACCAUUUCGAAAAAAUUCAUUUUUUCCGAAAUGCCGAAAACGAAUGCCAACUUCUCUUUUCUCUUGCCAGAAAACCCAACAAGUUUCACUCGAAUCUUGGGAGAUUUGAAUUAGCUGUACUUCGAGCUUUGACCAGCUGCUGUUUUGUCCAAAGUCAAAAUGGCGAACUGCAGUAGGCGCUAUUUUUUUCCCCCUCUUUUGAUUGAGGUACCUAUCGCAAGAGGGAGGGGGGGCAUUUGAAAAAAGGAAUGAACAUGCCCAAAGUCUCGUUUCAAAAUAUAAAUUAGGUAAAAUUUUAGAGGGGGUGGAUCGAACUUUGGGACAACCUGUAAAUUAAUUGGUUCAGGAGGAUCAUUAGGUUCCAUUUAGGAAAUCACUUGGAGCCGGGACAUUCCCAACAAAAAAGCUCACACAGUAAUAUCAGAAAAACAAUAGGAAUUAUCUUUUUUUGUUUUAUUCUUGUGUAUAAAAACUUCAUUAUAUGAGGUGAAUUUUCAUCCAACUUCUCUUACUCAAUUUUGUACAGCACUAAGAGGAAGUUGACGUUUCCUAUUUACUUCUCUGUCCAUUAGGAAAUCAAUCAAGACAAUUGGAAGUUUGUAUCUUCAUGCAUUUUUAAGUUUACUUUUGAAUUCAUCUAAAAUCGUAGCUUUAUCUUCCAGCAUCGAAAAUUUACAUCAGAAGAACAGUUAUUUUUUAAGUUCCCUUGUGAGGGAGCCAUUUUUUACAGCUACUAACAAGGAGGAAACUCCAAGAAUUUGCGUCUGAUUUUGAUGAAAUUUUUAUAGGAAAAUGUAAUCCUUGGGAAACUAUAAGAUGUGGUACAACUUCACGCAUCACUGGGCUGUAGGAAAGCUGUUGUGAAUCUUCGAAAAUUGUAAAUUUUAAGCUAGCUAACGGGUCACUCUACCAACUAGAUGCAUAUUUGCUACAAACAGUCGUGUUGUGGGAGUCAGCAAGUAUAUUACAGUGUUAUGUUUUGCAAACUUUUUGCAGCGUAGGACAAGGUUCGGAUCCUCAGAAACAUGAGAUUUAUUUUCUGUAUUUUCAACUUCCAUUCUGUCAAGUUUAGUUACUCGUCAGUUAUUGCUGCCUUUUUGUAAGGAAAAUCAAUGUAUUAUAAUCCUAAAUAAUCCCAUUUUAAUGAUAAUCUGUUAUUGUCAACUGUCUUUUAUUCAUGACAUGGUCUCCUCCUGUUUCUAAAAGUGUCCCCUGAAAGUUCAAAAAAGGGGCUCAGAACGUUCUACUAGGCGUAAUGCUAAGAGUUACAGAGAAAAGAAUCCUCACACAAAAGAAGAAAAAAUCUUUUUCAUCUUUGCAUUUUUCUUCAUGCCAAUGUUUAUUUUGUUUGUUGGUUUGUUUUUAGUUGAGGGGGUUUUUGCUCUAAUUCUUUGCUGUACACCAAACACAUAUUCAAGGCCUCUUUAUUUUGACAUUUUCCUCGAAAAUUAAGGAAAACCCAACCAUGAGCAGAGGAAGAUUCACCAAUCGGAAUUUUCUAUAAAAUUUUUAUUCAGUCAUAAAACGUUAAUUUUCCUCUAAACAGACCAGAAAAACGGAUAAGUAAUUGAACAUGACUAGAUAGACAUUAGGAGGAUGUGAGUAAAUCUAAUGUCCAUAGAGACCAAACCUGUGCCCCUCGCAACAAAUUACUCUCAAUCCAAUCAGGAUCGAACGCCCUUCCAACAUGGCAAAUGACCCGUGAAAUGUAGCGCUACAAUCCACUUGACCACCAUCACAACAUGGCCGCUCAUUGUGAACAUUUGGUGUAUGAGCAUGACCCUAUCGCUCGAUCAGAAUUUACAGUUUUUUCAAACUCACUGUGGCCUUCUCACCGCCACUAAGUAUGAGCUGUAGUGCCUCAUGUUUUAAUUUCCUAAGGACCACAUUUUUCCCAAUUUUCAUCAAAAUCCGCUGCAGACACCAGCCUCCUUUUUGUAGGUAUAUCAGAAUCUAUAAAAAUGAACAUUAUCGCUAAUCUGAAUUUUUGUCAGGGCUGUUUGUAAGAACAAAAUAAUUUUUAGUAUUCUAGUGAGAGUGCUUUUUUAAAUUUUAUCUUAUCAGCCGUUUAAUUUUUGAUCACCUUUUUUGUUGUUUUAACUAUGAUUAAUGAUGUUCAGAUUUCACUUGUUUUCUGCAUAAUUGGUGGUGUCGUAUUUUUUCUUUUGUUUGUAGAGCUCGUCGAUAUUUUUCGCUCAUCAACCAUGGAACAUUACCUUUUCUAUCUACUUCCAUGUUUUAAAUAUUUUAACCAUCAGGAGGUGUAGCUUCAAUCUAAUCAUAUAUCGCUGCUACAGAUAUUAUAUGGUGUGGAGGCAUUUUGAUAGUGUUGCAAUUCAUAGUCAUUCAUUUUUCUGGCCCUAACAAAAUCAAUGUCAAAAUGAGAUGGUUUCUUUCGCUUGCAAAGCUUUUUGUAUACAUUUUUUGAAGAUUUAAGUGGUGAAAUGUAUCUAUGUCUAUCAAACAGCUUUAAUAUUUUUAAUUUUUUUUUAAUAUUUAUAUGAUUGAAAGAUAUUUUAUGCAAUUAAAGGUAAGUUUUUCUGCUUCAAGUUUCCAGUGAAUUAUCUCUUUUAGUUUAAGGAAAAUUAUUAGCAAUGGGAGUUGGUAUGAAGGUCUGACUCGGUGUCCUUAUAUUGAAAACAAACGAGGUUAUUUUCAAGGAUAAAAAACACUCUGAGUCCUCUUAACUUUCCAACAAUUUUUUUUUCUGUUUCUAUUCACUUUUCCUUUUUUUCUUCUUUUGGAUCAGUGUAUGGAAAUGUAACAAAAUGUAUAUGUGAGAACAAGAAACAGCGUUUAGUUUCAAUAUGAAGGGUUCUCAGAAAGCUAAAUGGAUAGACAUUAUAAUUCUAUCUACCCUUUGAAAAUAUCUUCAAAAUCUCGCACAGUACUGGUUUGGAAUUGCUCCUAUGAUGUACCUCUAAACAUAGAUGUAGUUUCCUAAGUUAACCAAUAGUCAAUGAUGAAAACCAUGGAAGACUACAUACCUUGAAGAGGCAGGGGCGACAUUUGAGAGGAACAGGAUAAGCAUGCUGAAUGAACGGAUAUAAAAUGAGUAGUUAAAUGGUCAGUUGAUCAGCUGGGCUUUUAUCAUCAGUGCACAGGUGCUCAAAAACUCAAAAAUCUGAAAUUCUGCUAAUGUCGCCCUUUGUAAAUAGAGCACAUAUGGCUGAACAGUUGCAUCAUCUGUACGGAGAGCAAAAAAUUUAAGGCUCAAGUCCAUCCAGGACCAAAAUUUUUUAUUACGUAUUUUAAAAUAAAUCUUUGACAUUACAAUGUUUCGUAUUUAUUAUUUUAUAUUAUUGUCAUUUCAUGAAUGCUAUCUGUUUAUUAAACCAUAACAACAUCAAAACCACCAUUAACUAGACAGUUGGGUUGGUUUUUAUUGAUCCUAUUUGAAUAUCCUGCUUUAGUAUGAGCGCAUCAAGAGUCCAGUUCGACAUCCACUUAGCACGCAUCGCUACUGCUGAUGAAGUAGUCCUUGCCAGGAUCCACGCUUUUCUCUGUGGUUUUUUUGUUGCAGCCAGGCUGCAUUCUCUCGAAUGUAUUGCUUUUUAUAGGCAUGUUUAUUCCAGGUAUGUAGUCUUUCGUGUUAAAAUUUAUGUACUUGACAAGUGGCUCUUAAAAAAUCAUCAGAAUGAUUAAAUGAAUGGUAUUUCUGAACUUUUUUUUUACUCUUUUGUUUCGUUGUUUUAAUCAUCGUUUGGUUUUAUUAGUUGCCUAGUAUCGUCUAGAUUUUUUUCCGCAAGGAAGUAAUCCUAGUUUCCCAGUUUCAGAUCCCUCAAAUGAAAUGUAUCUACUUUUUAAUUCCAUUCUUUUUAAACCUUUCCUGAGCCAAACUAUUGUGCAAACCUUUAUUUUUCUGGAAAAAUUUCUGUAAGAUUUGAGACUUACACAUUCAUUUCACUGCAAUCAUUGUUACAUUUACUGAUUAACUCAAAACUAAACGACUUAGUAAAAAUAUUUCUGAAAUAGUUUUUCGGGCCAAUCUAUCUUUCAUUUAAAAUUUACCAAAGAAACUUUUAAUUAAAAGCAUCGUAUUUUCUGAUUGUUUUGAAUGACCUCUGUAAGCACAAAGACCUCCGAAAGAAAUUUACUUCAAACCUUUAAA